GGGAAAAAAAUGCAAUAAUAAUAGAACAAAUGCAACCAAAUUCCAUACAUCACAUGAAUUGGUACAAACUUCCAAAGAAGUGUUACUCUUUUCAAAACCUUAUUUUUCCCCCUCCCUCACAGAAUGAGAUGGAUGGUCACAGACAAUCUAUCCUAUUGGAAGGAUUCUCUUUGACAAGUUGGCAAUUUCCAUGGAUAAAAUGUUACACACCCAUGCAAAAUUCUACAGCUUCAGAAGCAUAUAGCAUCUUCUCAGAUAUAAAUAAAAUAAAAAAUGAAAAAAGAAAUUAUGAAACAUAAAAAACAGAAGCAGCAAGAGGAGCAACAACAACAACAAAUCAUAUCACCAAAGAUGGACAGCAAGAAGAGACACACAACCACAGCCAUACAAUGAGUAUGAGGCUAUCUAUCAUCACUAAUCUCAUCCACUAUCUUCCAUUCUUCACUUCACUUCAUACUCCCUAUUUCCUUGUCCAUCUUUCAAAUAUUUUCUCUUACCAUUUUCCACACUUCUGACCUGCUGGUCUUUCUUUAGUUGAGUUGGAUUUUCAGCCAUGGCUUCGGCUGCUUUAUCCGUUGCCAAUUCCUCCCUUCAGGUCAGUAGUAAGGGAUUCUCCGAAUUCGCGGGGCUUCGCAGCUCAGCACUUCCUUUUGCUAGGAAAGGAAAUGAUGAUCUGCUGUCACUUGUUGCAUUCCAAACUUCUGCUGUCGGUGGAAGCAAGAACAAGAAGGGAGUUGUGGAGGCGAAGUUGAAGGUAGCUAUUAACGGAUUUGGUAGAAUUGGAAGGAACUUCUUGAGGUGCUGGCAUGGAAGGAAAGACUCCCCACUCGACGUUGUAGUCAUCAACGACACUGGCGGUGUAAAGCAAGCCUCACACCUUCUCAAAUACGACUCUACCCUCGGCAUCUUUGAGGCCGAUGUCAAGCCUGCUGGAGAUGAUGGCCUCUCUGUUGAUGGAAAGAUCAUUAAGGUUGUCUCGAGCCGCAACCCUCUUGAUCUCCCAUGGGGGGACCUGGACAUCGAUCUUGUGAUCGAAGGAACUGGAGUUUUUGUUGACAGAGAGGGUGCAGGCAAACAUCUCCAGGCCGGAGCUAAGAAAGUGCUGAUCACAGCACCCGGAAAGGGUGACAUUCCCACUUAUGUGGUUGGUGUCAAUGAAGAACUUUACAACCCUGAUGAGACAAUUAUCAGCAAUGCCUCUUGCACCACCAACUGCCUCGCACCUUUUGUCAAAGUCCUUGACCAGAAAUUCGGUAUCAUCAAGGGAACCAUGACAACAACUCACUCUUACACUGGAGACCAGAGGCUUCUUGAUGCGAGCCACAGGGAUCUGAGGCGUGCAAGAGCCGCUGCUCUCAACAUAGUCCCAACUUCAACUGGUGCUGCAAAGGCAGUUGCACUUGUCCUCCCUAACCUCAAGGGAAAGCUAAACGGCAUUGCCCUCCGUGUGCCAACACCAAAUGUCUCAGUCGUGGACCUCGUUGUUCAGGUGGAGAAGAAAACCUUUGCAGAAGAAGUGAAUGCAGCAUUCAGGGAAGCAGCUGACAAGGAACUAAAUGGUAUCCUGUCUGUGUGUGAUGAGCCAUUAGUGUCAGUGGACUUCAGAUGCACUGAUGUUUCAUCAACAGUUGAUUCUUCAUUGACCAUGGUUAUGGGAGAUGACAUGGUUAAGGUUAUUGCCUGGUAUGACAAUGAAUGGGGUUACUCCCAGAGGGUGGUUGAUUUGGCUGACAUUGUUGCGAACAACUGGAAAUGAGCUCUAAUAGUAUAAAGCUUCCCUGAGCUACCCCAUUUUUUCUUCUUUUACUUUUUCCUUUUUGGCCAUGUUUGUAGAUUUAUAUCAUUUCCUUCAAAUUUGUAACCAGAGAUUUAAACCUUUUCCAUCAUUUGGAAUAACAAGACCCCAAGAAGUUCAUGUGAGUCUUGCUCCUGUACAAGGGUUCUUCUCAACAUCAGCUUUGUCGAUACAUCUCUUUGCUGAACCUUAUACCAAGUAAAAAAGAAUACACUGUGCCAAAUGACUGCAAUAAAUCUCCUAGAAUUUGAAUUAGUAUUCAUUUCUCAAGAGUACAACACAAAAAUACAGCACAUCAGCGGCAAAAUCCAAGGGGAAAAAGUACAUACUCCUAUACAAAACUUCAAUGGGAUAAAGGAAAGUUUAGCAUGCAUUGCAUGCCCUUCUCUAUCUGAUCAGUAUUUGAGAUAGCAAUGGCAGCCACUCAGUUAUUGAAAAAUGAUCUCUAAAUCAUGAUUUUCAGCAUCCGAAAAUGACAAUCUCUGCCGAUCCCAACACACACCCC